UCUCCUCCCCAGAACCAUGUCCUACUUCGCACGUCCUUGCUUCCGCGGCCGCCGCCGGGAACCGACGCAGAGGAGGCAGCGGGUCGCGUGACCUUCCGAGCCCCCCGCGUCCCCGGCCAGGGGGCGGGGGCGGCCCCGGGGAGGGGCGGGGCGGGGGCGGGGGGAAGAAAGGGGGUUUUGUGCGGCGCCCGGCGGCCCGGCGCCCUCUUCCGAACAUCCUGCGGGCCCGGCCUCUCCCUGCGCCCGCGCAGUUCCCACCGCAGUCGCCUGCAGCCGCAGGACCGAGCGUGGACCCGAAGGAGAGCCCGGAGGAGAGCCCGGAGGAGGCGGCAAACCCGGCGGUGCCGCCCCCUCGCCCCGGGCCCCCGCAGCCCGCAGUCCCCCCACCAGCCUGAGCAUGGCCCCACGGUUCCUGCCCCUGCUGGCAGCUCUGGCCCUGGCCCAGGGCCCUGUGGCCUUAGCUGAUGCCCUGGAGGGGGACAGCUCAGAGGACCGGGCCUUCCGCGUGCGCAUCGCGGGCAACGCGCCACUGCAGGGCGUGCUGGGCGGCGCCCUCACCAUCCCGUGCCACGUCCACUACCUGCGGCCGCCGCUGGGCCGCCGGGCCGUGCUGGGCUCCCCGCGGGUCAAGUGGACCUUCCUGUCCGGGGGCCGCGAGGCCGAGGUGCUGGUGGCGCGGGGGCUGCGCGUCAAGGUGAGCGAGGCCUACCGGUUCCGCGUGGCGCUGCCGGCCUACCCCGCGUCGCUCACCGACGUGUCCCUGGCGCUGAGCGAGCUGCGGCCCAACGACUCGGGCAUCUACCGCUGCGAAGUCCAGCACGGCAUAGACGACAGCAGCGACGCCGUGGAGGUCAAGGUCAAAGGGGUCGUCUUUCUCUACCGGGAAGGCUCUGCCCGCUAUGCUUUCUCCUUCACGGGGGCCCAGGAGGCCUGUGCCCGCAUCGGAGCCCGCAUCGCCACCCCGGAGCAGCUCUACGCUGCCUACCUCGGGGGCUACGAGCAGUGUGACGCUGGCUGGCUGUCCGACCAGACCGUGAGGUAUCCCAUCCAGACCCCACGAGAAGCCUGUUAUGGAGACAUGGAUGGCUUCCCCGGGGUCCGGAACUACGGAGUGGUGGACCCGGACGACCUCUAUGAUGUCUACUGCUAUGCCGAAGACCUAAAUGGAGAGCUGUUCCUGGGUGCCCCUGCAGACAAGCUGACGCUGGAGGAGGCACGGGCAUACUGCCGGGAGCGGGGUGCGGAGAUCGCCACCACCGGCCAGCUAUACGCCGCCUGGGACGGCGGCCUGGACCGCUGCAGCCCAGGCUGGCUGGCCGACGGCAGUGUCCGCUACCCCAUCGUCACGCCCAGCCAGCGCUGCGGGGGAGGCCUGCCUGGUGUCAAGACGCUCUUCCUCUUCCCCAACCAGACUGGCUUUCCCAACAAGCACAGCCGCUUCAACGUCUACUGCUUCCGAGACUCUGCCCAGCCGUCCGCCAUGCCUGAGGCGUCGGACCCAGCUUCGGACCCGGCCUCUGAUGGGCUGGAGGCCAUUGUCACGGUGACAGAGACCCUGGAGGAACUCCAGCUGCCUCAGGAGGCUGUGGAGAGCGAGUCCCGGGGAGCCAUCUACUCCAUCCCCAUCGUGGAGGACGGAGCGGGUGGUAGCUCCACUCCAGAAGACCCUGCAGAGGCCCCGAGAACCCUCCUCGAAUUCGAACCGCCAUCCGUUGUCCCUCCCCUGGGGUCCUCCGAAGAGGAAGGCAAGGCUUUGGAGGAAGAAGAGAAAUACACAGAUGAAGAGGAAGAAGACGAGGAAGAGGAGGAGGUGGAAGAUGAGGCCCUGUGGGCCUGGCACAGUGAGCUCAGCAGCCCAGACCCGGAGACUCUUCUCCCCACGGAGCCAGCCCUAGAGGAAUCGCUCUCCCGUGCCUCCCCACCCCCAGCGAGUGCAGUCCUACAGCCUGCUGCGUCACCACACCCCGACGGAGAGACAAAGGCUCCCGGGCCUCCGAGGGUCCUUGGACCACCCACUGAGACUCUACCCACCCCCAGGAAUGGGAAACUGACACCCCCACCGCCUUCCACUCCGGCCGGGGAGAGAGAGGUGGGGGAGGAGGCUGGUGGUCCUGAGCUGUCUGGGGUCCCUCGAGGAGAGAGUGAGGAGGCAGGGAGCUCUGAGGAUACCCCUGUCCUGCUUCCAGCCACACGGGCCCCUGAGGGUGCCAGGGAACUGGAGGCCCCCUCUGAAGAGAAUUCUGGAAGAACCGUCCCAGCAGGGACAUCAGUGCGGGUGCAGCCAGUGCUGCCCACUGACAGCGCCAGCCGAGGUGGAGUGGCCGUGGCCCCCUCAUCAGGUAACUUUGCCCAAGGCUCGAACUCCCUCUUUCUCCUUCUCCCCUUUCUCCCCAUGAAGCUCUGGGUCACAUGACCUGUGGUCCUCUGACCCCCACUACCCCAGGGUCUCCUGUCCUUUGCCUUCAUCUCCUACCUGUGGGUGUCCAGUCUUGGGUGCCACAUCUGUGACUUCCAGCUCCGCUCUCUGAUUUCUCACCUCAUGACCCCCAACCCCACCGUCCCACCCUGUGACUCCAGCCUCCCAGCUGACCACUUGUGACCCUUUCUUGCCCUUGUCUCUCCACCUGUGACUCACCAGCCCACUGACCACCCCCCCAUCCUCAAGCGCGUAGAUGCCCUGGGGGCCUAUUGUAUUCUCGGGGGCCCAGGCCCCUCUCCUGCUGCCCCUCCUCCUCCUGUGUGCCACCCCCUUUAGCCACCCCACUGAUAUCAGGGAAGCCUGGGAUUCCAUCCCUGCCCUCAGCCUCUGGGGUCUAGGAGAGCCCGUAUCCCCACAGAGCCUUAAGCGUCUACUUCUGUGAAGUAUUUUUUUGACUGUUUCAUGGAAAACAAGCCUUGGAAAUAAAUCUCUAUUAAACCACUUUAUAACCAAAACUCUGGCACCCUCUGUGUCCACCCCCAGCUGUCUGCCCUUUUCAUUCCUCGCAUUUGGGUCGCAAGUCCGGGCAGCUCUCUGAAGCUCCCUCUGGCGCCCUGUCUCUCUCCCGGUCUUUCCCUCGCUCGCUGCUUCUCUCUUCCUUCGCUUCAUCCUCAGCCAGUGCCCCUCCCCGCCCUCCCCUUCUAACAGGCUCGCUGGUCCUCCAUUCUGCCCUCUCAGGCUCCUCCUCUGCCUUCCUUCCUGACUGCCAAGAGCCCAACUCUGAAGGUGCACAGGAGUCACUGCCCAUCAGUCGGCGGGGCUGCUGGGAGUUGUAGUCCCUCACUCCUGAUGGGGCGAAACUUCCGCCAGCCUGAGAGGGAGGGAGAGAGAGAGAGAGAGAGAGUGUGUGUGGGCACACACACGUGUACUCAUUUCUGAGCCAUCUUGAAGGCUUCUGUCUAGAGCCGGCCAUACAGACUAAUGAUGGAGAAAGUCCGUCUUAGCGUAGAAGCCCAUCCCUGGCCCCGGCCUCCCCUACCGCAACUCAGAAGGGGGACAGGAUCUAACUUCCAUCCCACUGCCCACUGCCGCCCCUGCCCCACUGACCCUGCCCUAAUGAGCACCUCACCACCCCUUGGAAGACUCUCACCUUCCCUGAACCCAAAAGAUCUCAAAGUCCCUGAUGCUGGAGAAGACACAAUGCAGGACAUGAGGACGGAGAGGAAGUGCAGAGGGGAAGGAGUGGGAGUCAGAUUCUGGGGUCCGAGAGAAGCCCCACUGGCUCAGGGAAGGUUGAGCUUCCCUUUGGAGACCCUGGAGAAGGCUGGGUUCUUCCCAGUCCCUGCAUUGCCCUCCCUAGAUGGUCCAGGAUCGGAUAGGGCCCCUGCAGCACACCCGGCCCGCCCGUCGGGCUCGCCCAUUUCAACCAUUGGCUCCCUGCCCAGCUGGCCUCGGAGCUGGAGCUCGGAGCUCAGUGCUGUGUGGGUUGGGAGGCGGUUUGUGGGAAGAGAAGCAGCAGUGGGAAUCUCUGCAGUGUCUUAGUUACCCCACCUGGAGGCCCAGGGAUGUCCUCUGGCCUUCUAUUGCAGCAGGAGGGAAGAACUUUCUGGUUGUGUAUAGCAGUUGGCCCCAACGUGGGAAGGAAGGAGAGUGGAACGUCUCAAGAGGGGUUCCUUCACCUCCGCUGUCUGUCCUGGCUCAGGUGCUACCUCCCUCAGCCAGGGGAGAGAUCUCAUGGCCUGGGCGGGGAGCCAAGUUCGGAAUCUCCGUCCCCCAGGAAAGUGUGAGGGAUGGAACGGGCUUCAGGGCACCUACCCUCUGUGGGUCCUGGCGCUUAGUGGGUUAAGUAAAACACCUCUCCUCCCCCUUUGCCCCCGGGAGCUAGUGCUGGCAGCUUGGAGGGGAGGCUGGAGGGGAGGUGACAGAGUGGGGGUGCUGGAACAGCAGAUUCAUUUCACCCCAAACAGCUUGGUCAUCCCAGCAACAUUCUUGGACUCAGCUUCAGCUUCCCCUCCCCCCACCCAGCAGAGGGAAGCCCAGUGGGCCGUGCCCUUGGAUGCUGGGCAUAAGGCACAGUCUGAAGAGUCCAGCUCAGAGCUGAUUCCCCUCCCAAGCUGUGAGCCCAGCCCUGCACUGUCAGUCUGUGGGGCCGUCUUCCCCUUCCUGGACCAGAAGGAGUGAAAACUGCCCACCUAGCACCCAGGCCCGGUGUAAAGGCAGCCACCUCCUGUCCCCGGAUCCAGAGGGAGAGAGCCCAGAGGGGAAGGCAGGUGACCCAGCCAGACAGCAGAUGGCAGGGUUCUGUGUCGGUCUAAGAAGACUGCCUGGGGGAGAGAGGCCCAGAAGGGAGAGAGGAGGAUCAGAGGGCUUUCUGGGCUGGGGAACUUGCAGAAAGCCCAAGGUGGAGGGGAGUUUGGGGAGGUCAGAGGGAGAGACAAGAGACUGCACGGUGUUGAGACAGUGUGAGCAUCCGGCUGUAGGACAGCGGGAGCCCUGCAGCUUCAGGCUGGGGGUGGGGGGUAGGGGGAGAGGACGAUUAGGGCAUAGACCCAGGGGAAAUACGUUGGUUCUUCACUAUGAUAGUGUUUCCCAUUGGUGCUUCUGGGGCUGACUCUAUGUGCCCCACCCCGACUGCAGAAGGAAUAGCUAGCCCUCCCCCACCCCAGUAUCAGGUCCCAGAAGCAGUAAAGUACAGACCACAGCUUUCUGUUGCUGCGGUGACUCCUCUGGUUUCCCCACCUAAAGUGUACAGAACUGUGCAGGCACCUGGCCCCAAGACAAGCGAGUGGGAGACUAGCCUCCAGGCCCAGAGAGGUCAAGUGACCUGCGCAAUGUCACUCAGCAGAGCCAGGAGCCACAGGAGAGUCCAGAUCUCAUGGUCCACAGCCCAGUGUCUUUCCCUUUCAUGGGGUCGGGUCCUGAGCGCCUUCCUGACCACCUUCCCCCAGCCUGCUACACUGGGCCCACACUGGUGGCCACGAAAAUGGCCAACACAGG